AUGGAUCAGCCGACAGGGAGCCCUCUCCUCUCCCAGUCCACCAUCCCCACCGACGUUCCGAACGUUGCUUCAACCAAUGUUGGGAACAUGGGUCGCGUUCAUCCGACGACUUCGAUUCCCACAAGCCAUCCUCUAAGCUCCACUCCCUCCUCUUCUCCUCCCCUCCGCUCCGUCCACAACCACACCUCCGCGUGGGAGCCCUACAUCUUCCACUACACUGCGGGCAUCCCCACGCCCACGCUCUUCCUCUUCGUGGUCAACUUCCACGAGCCUCGCUACGCGCCCGUCCGCUUCCUCUCCACUCAGUACUUCCCGCUCUUCCGCCGCCACUUCCUCUUCGACUUCGACGUCGUCUUCCUCGGCCCCUGGGAGAGCCGCGGGGAUCACGUGCUCUCCCACCGCCUGCCCAUCCACGGACACUUCUCCUACCGCUCCCUCGCCGUCGCCUACCAGCAGCUCUGCGUCCGCGAGGCCUGCCGCUAUGCCUCCUUCGUCCUCAUGAACGACGACAGCUACCUCGACCCCGUCUUUCUCCUCCAAUACCCGCUCGAGAAGUCCCUCACCGAACCCUCCCGCAUGCUCAAUCCCCGCGGGAAUUGGAUGUGGCUCCGAAAACGAAACGCUCGCAACCAGACCUACGCGCAGGCCUUCGACGACGCGCUGCGCGAGCUUAUCGCCCAGCCGCGCUGGAGCAAGUGCGAAUUCGGGAAACCGGAGAAUCGGCGGCGAGGAUUCGCGGAUUUUUUCAUGAUUCGUCGCGACAACAUGAGCGAUUUCUGCGAGUUAUCCGCGGUUAUGUACCGACAUCGCGUGUUCCUGGAGAUGGCGGCGCCGACGAUUAAUUACUGCUUUACGCGGACGUUCGUGGACAACUGCAAUCAUGGACCUAUGAAGAAUCGGAGGACAUGUGUUCACAUGCAUCCCGUGAAGUAUCGACAACCCGGGAACGAGCAGCUCGCCAUCAAUCGGAUGCUGCGGUAUAAUAUGGAUGCGGCACCGCCACGAAUGUGGUAACAGAGUGAUGUGUGUAAGUGAUGGGCUGUCUGCUGCGUGUGUGUUGUGUGUGUUGUAUGAUGCGUGCUGCGUGC